AUGCCCAAAUCUCAGUCCGCCGGACCAUGCCUUGACUCGGAGCCCGGUUUCUCCGCUCGCCGCCUUUCGCGGCCGUCCGCUCUGUCGAUUCCGCUGACUUCCGCGUUUCACGGCGUAUCAUCACUCGUCGCUGACCCGUUCUCGUCGCCGCGAUCCACGCGCGACCCGUUCUCGCUGCUGCCGGAUGAGCUCAUCGUCAAUAUCUUCGCCCGCGUCGGCUGCGGCGCGGCUGACGUCAGUAUGAUUUCGCUGACGUGCAGACGAUUUCGCGCACUCACGCGCUACGUCCCGGCGCUCCGUUUCGCCCCAUCUGACGUGGCAAGCGGCGACCGCGUGGCAGCGACAACCUCUCCCGCGCGACUUGAGGAGCUCGUGUCGCGCAUGGUCCUGAAAACGCGGUCGCUGCAGCACCUCCACGUGGCAUCGGCGUUGGCCGCUGACGGCGCUGCCGCCUGCUCUUGCGCCGAGAAUGACGGCACCGGUGCGGCGGAGCUGCAUCAUCGCGCCGGGUGCGCUGGUGGCGGCGCGAGCAGUAGCGACUCGAACGGCUGCUGCAGUUUCUGCGGCUGCCACGUGGCGGCAUCACAGCAGCACCCGCGCGAAUUCAUCUUCGAAGCGUGGAUGCGCCACGUCGGACCGCAAUUACAAUCGCUCGUCUUCUCGCGCUCCCUGCAACCUCCUCCGCGCAGCAGCAGUUGCGCCGGCUCUUGCGGUAGCACGUGCGGCGCGGCCGGCGGGAUGACGGUGAACGUCUGGGAGAACGAGGACCUCAGCGCGCAUUUGCGCCACGUGGCGCGCUACUGUUCGUCGCUGCGGUCCCUCACCCUCGGCUCUCUGUCGCUCUCCGAUUCGUCCCUGCUUACGUGUCAUCUCCCGCCAAUGCGACACCUGGAGCACCUCUCGCUCUCCUGGAUUCACGCGUCCAAUGAGAGCCUUCAAGCGGUCCUCGACGCUUCGCCGAACCUUCGCCGCCUCUCAAUUUUCAUGGCCACGGGCUGCCCGCGGAUAAAUCUUCGCCUGCCCGCGACGGUGGAACACGUCGAGCUCGCCUACCUGCGCGCCGAGUCCUGCUCCUUCCGCAACGCCCGCGCGCUCCGCUCGCUAUCCGUUCGCGACAUGUUCGUGCGCUCCGUCUCGGUGCGCGACGCGCCGCUUCUGCGCCACGUGGCGGUCGCCAGCGCGAGCGUGCUCGAGGUGGCGGCUCCUGAUUCGCCGCUCCUCGCCUCGCUGGACCUCAAAGCCGGGUCGUUCGGCUGGGCGGCGAUUAAAGCCCUCGUUCAAACCGCGGGCGCGUCUUUAAUCUCCUUCUCGCUAGACUUCUUCUCCGCGGGACCCGGCGCGAUUUCCGCUGGGGUGUUCUCCCUGACCUGGCUCGCAGCCUCGUGUCCGAACCUGCGGGCGCUCAGCUUCGGCGCGCUGCCGUGGCAGCUCGUCGUCUCGUGGGCGGCCGCUGCGGGCGCGUUCCGCGCGGACGGCGGGUACGCGCAACGCGGGUACGAGAUGCGCGCGGAUUACCCGUGGCCGCAACUGGCGGAGAUUAAGGUGCGCGUGCAGGAGGAGCGACCCGAGGCGCUGCUGCUUCUGCACACCAUGCUGUGCCGCAUGCCUUCCCUUAGAUCGUUGCAAGUGAGCCUAGUUCCUGGGGACGAUGAGGAGGAGGAGGAAGAGGGGGAGGGAGAGGAGUAUGAGGGAGAGGAAGGGUAUGAGGGAGCGGAGGAGGUUGAGGGGGAGAUGGAGGAGGGGAUGGAGGAGGAGGGAGUGGGGGAGGAGUGGGAGGAGGAUGAGGGGAAGGAUGUGAGCAUGAUUGGGGACGAGGACGACGCGAUGAGUGCUACUGUAGCUGCAGCACCUGCCGCCUGCGCUACAGCCGGUGCUACAGCCGGUGGUGCUACAGCCGGAGCAGCAGGGGAGUGCAUGGGCGCGAUGAGGCGGCAGGAGCUGUUUGUGAAAGGGCUCAUGUGUCUGCAGCAGCGCUUCUCGCAUGUGCGAGUGUGCAUGCCCACUGCUGCACAAAGAAGGGACACCAUGUGA